AAGUGGGGCAAAAGCCUGCCGUGGAGAACUCUUGGGCCAAACUUGCAAUGUCAGUUAUAAACUUUACGUACGCAUCGAAAAGUGAACGCGUGUGGUGGGUUUAGUGUGGUUUCGUUCAACCACAAUUUCUAAUUUAGGAAAAGACAUACUAUUUGAAAGAAAAUGUAUGAAACAAUGGAACGCGAAGGCGGCGACAUUACCGCCGCCGACAUGGUACUCCCGGAAGAAUCCAGUGAAAUCGCAAAAUUCUACUUCGAUUCCACAGUUUUCCUCACCGGAGCCACCGGAUUUUUGGGGAAAAUGUGCUUGGAAAAACUAUUGAGGGAUUGUUACGACGUGAGGAAAAUCUUCGUGAUGGUCAGGGCGAAAAAGGGCAAAGACGUACAGACGAGAUUCGACGAAAUUUUCGACGGACCGAAUAUGGAACCCCUGAAACGCAAACACUCGAAUUUCGGGUCGAAGGUCGUCCUGGUUAACGGCGAUUGUACCCUUCCCGACUUAGGUUUAAACGACGAAGACAAAGCGAAAAUAAUCAAUGAAACAAACUGUAUAAUCCACUAUGCUGCAACGGUCCGUUUUGAUGAAAAAAUUCGUACGGCGACGCACAUCAACGUACGUGCAGUUAUAGACCUUAUCAAGAUGGCCAAAGAAAUGAAGAACUUGAAGGCUAUGAUUUACGUCUCCACGGCUUUCUCGAAUUGCAUCCAAAAAGAAAUCCGUGAAGAAUUCUACCCUCCCCCCAUCUCCGGUCAUAAACUCCUUUCCCUAUUGGACGCCUUAGACGACGAUAAACUCGACAAAAUCACCCCAAUAAUCAUGGGCGAGUACCCCAACACUUACGUCUUUACCAAAGCCGUGGCCGAAGACGUGAUAAAAACCGAAGGAAAGACACUACCAGUUGCCGUUUUUCGGCCGUCGAUCGUUAUUGCAUCGGUCAAGGAACCGGUCGCUGGAUGGAUUGAUAAUUUAUAUGGAGCGACGGGGGUACUCGUGGGGGCUGCUGUUGGAGUCUUGAGGAGUCUUCAUGGAAAAAUCGAAAAUGGGGCCGAAAUGGUACCGGCCGAUUAUGUAGUCAAUUGUACCUUAGCCUCGGCCUGGGACAUCGCUUCAGUCAAAUCAAUCAAUGAAAAUCGGGAGAAAAACGGAAAAAAUCAAUUCGAAGAGGAAGUUCCAGUUUAUAAUUUUGUCAGUUCGCCGGAAGCCGGAAUCACGUGGGAUAUAUACACAAAACUGGCCGAAAAGCACGCAAAACAAGUCCCCACCCCCUUACUAGUCUGGCAUUACUUUUUCGCCCUGCGAUCGUCAAGAAUCCACCAUUUAAUCGCAGUUUUCUUCCUCCACACAAUCCCGGCGUAUUUGGUCGACUUUAUUGCCAUUUGUUUAGGCAAAAAACCAAUGUUGGUGAAAGGUUACCAAAAAAUUAAUAAAUUCGCCGAUGUUAUAAGUUACUUCAGUUCACGCGAAUGGAAAUUUACCAAUUCCAAUGUCCAAUCGCUUUGGAAAAAAAUGGGGAAGCGUGAUAAAGAGUUGUUCGAAUUUAGUAUGAAGAAUUUCAAUUGGGAUUCCUAUUUUUAUACGUAUGUUAGAGGGGCGAGGGCUUAUUUACUCAAAGACCCCUUGACAACUUUGCCCGAAGGGAGGGUGAAAUAUUAUAAAUUAAUGGUGUUGCAUUAUGUUUUAAUGACGGUUUUGUUCUUUGGUUUUUAUAAAUUAUUAAUGUUCUUGUUGGGCUUGUUGUUUUAGGAAGGUGUAAGUGAUUAAAUAUAUUUAUAUGUGAAAA